AGUGUUUUCAGACGCGUAUGAAAAGGCUCUAUAGCGGAAAAACACGCUGCUCUCGCUCGCGCAUCUGCACUCGCGAGCGACUGUUGCCAUCCUGUCGAUCAUUGCCGAGCCCGUCGACAAAUGCCCGACGAAACGCUCGUGCACGGGCGAAGGAGUUGUUACCCGCUGCGGAUCCGAGCCAACGGGACUACGUGUGGGAUUGCCAUCCGUUCUUUGUGUGGCGCGCCCACGGCUGGGCCGCGUUCAGAAACGAGGUAUGCGACGUGUGCGUUGACGAGAUGCGCCACAGGCAUGCGGCGCUU